AGCGUAAGGCCGUGCUAUUCCGUGGAAUAAAUAUGGACUUGGAGGAAUCAAGGGUUUUGGACUUGGGUUCAACGAAAUUUUUUGCUGUAAUUUUGGGAGCAGUCUCCAAUCCAAUGCUAGAAAUUAGGGCGACGGAAUCAACAUGGAAUGAGCUGCAGAUCUGUUUUUUCUGUAGGCGGAGCAAUCGUUGCCCUUCGGGAUGAUCAAUUGGGGUUUUUAGGGUUUGUAGAUUCUGUUUUGGGAAUUUCCGCUUGUUUUUGGCCUUGCGAUGGGAUUGUUGAGCGAGGAGGUUGUGGUUAUUAGGCAGGGAAAGACUGAGGGGGAUCCCGUUGAGAUUACUGUGAAUUGCCCGGAUAAAGUUGGCCUCGGCUGUGAUCUCUCCCGUAUUGUUUUCGAAUUCGGUUUGUGCGUCGUCAAAGCGGAUGUUUCAACCGAUUGCAAAUGGUGUCUUGUGAUAUUCUGGGUUGUGCCCAAUGCUCAUUCUUCUCGACCAACAGAUUGGGUCAUGUUAAAAAAGCGCCUUGUAGAAUCUUGCCCUCCGAGCUCCCUUAUGUUUUACUAUGUCUUAAAUCCAGAGCCAAAGCCAAAGCAACUAUAUGUUUUGCAGAUUGGCUCAGUUGACAGGACAGGGCUGUUAAAUGAUGUUUCACAGGCACUUUGGGAGUUGGAACUCACCAUACAUAAGGUUAAGGUUUGGACGAUGCCUGAUGACAAUUGCAUGGACCUCUUCUACAUAACAGAUAACAGGGAACUCUUGCACACUGAAAAGAGACAGGAAGCGACUUGCAACUAUUUGAAGAAGAUGCUAGGUGAAUCUAGUACUUAUUGUGAGCUUCGCUUAAGCAGUCCUGAAUUUGGGGGCUUGGAGUGUACAACUACAUCACUUUCACCAUCGGUGGCAGAGAAUAUGUUUAGUCAUGGUCUAUCUGAUUUUGAGACAGAUUUGAGAAAUGGAGUGGGUUAUGGGAGGAAAAGCAUUGUUUCUGUGUCCCUGGACAAUUCCUUGAGUCCUGCGCAUACUUUGCUUCAAAUAUCAUGCAAGAGUCAAAAGGGCCUUCUUUAUGAUGUCAUGAGAACUUUGAAGGACUAUAAUAUCCAGGGGUCUUAUGUGCGAUUAUCAGCAAAUGCAAAAGGAAUCUGUGAGAUGGAUUUGUUUGUCUUGCAAGCAGAUGGAAAAAAGAUUUUGGACCAUGAUAAACAAAAUGCUUUCUGUUCUCGUCUUGAAAUGGAAAUCUCCAAUCCAGUACGAGUGAUGGUGACAAACCGUGGCCCAGAUACUGAGCUUUUAGUUGCCACACCCAUAGAACUCUCUGGAAGGGGUAGGCCUCGGGUUCUGUAUGAUGUAACACUAGCUUUGAAAAUGCUCGACAUCUGCAUUUUUACGGCGGAUAUUGGGAGGAAUAUUAUUGGUGGUUCCCAGUGGGAAGUCUAUAGAUUUCUUCUGAAUGAUAGGCAUGAUCUCUCCUUAGGGAAUAGUCACACGAGGAACCAAGUGGUGGAGAAUGUCCGAAAAAUGUUAGUAGCUUGAGAUCUGAGCUAUCUCUGAAGAUGUUCGACAGGAUUUACUCCACUCUAUAUGAUCAACCUGAAAGGCUGUCCAGAAAUUUCUUUUCUUAUCAGCAGAAUGGUUUCUGUGACAUAUUCUUCUUAGAAGGGAUGCAUUGCUUUAUAUAUAAUGUCAUUCCUGAAAAAGAAAUAGAAAUCACAAUUAAUUCACAAAAUGGAGCCCAUUACGAAAAAGAAGCUUUCUGCAUGGGGAGGAGCAGGUAUUGGAUUUAGGAAUGCAGUUGAUUAUGACGUAACUUCAAACUUGCAAGUGGGUUUAUCUUUUUCUGAAUAUAUUGGCUGUAAUUCAGAAUGAAGAUAAACAAAGCAAGUUUCAGCAAGUUUGAAAUUGUACUUCAUAAUUCAGACAUUGUUGCUUUUACUGAGAAGUGUAGGUUUAAGUUUUUAACCUUGAA